UUCAGUUUUGAGUGUUGUUCAGGUAAUGCUCAGGUUAAAAUGGAGACUGCGAGCUUGUUUUAUGAAAUGGGAACACACUAUCCAGAUCUCAGAAUUGUGAUUUUGGGGAAGACUGGAGCUGGAAAGAGCGCCACAGGAAACACCAUCCUAGGAAAAACUGUGUUUACAGAAGAUUUAUCUUCUGAAUCUGUGACUAAAGAAUGCCAAAAACACGAGGAGACGGUAGACGGUAGAACCAUCACAGUGAUUGAUACUCCAGGGCAGUUCGAUACAUCAAUGACUGGAAAAGAGCUGAAGGAUGAAAUAGAGAAGUGUGUGUACAUGUCUGUUCCUGGUCCUCAUGCGUUCCUGCUGGUGAUUAGACUGGAUGUGAGAUUCACAGAAGAAGAGAAGAACACAGUGAAAUGGAUUCAGCAGAACUUUUCACAAAAGGUGAUGAAUUACGCCGUGGUUCUGUUCACUCGAGGAGAUCAGUUAAAAAUAUCAAUUGAGGAGUUUUUGAAUAAAAACAAUCAGCUGAAAGAGCUAGUGCAUCAGUGUAAAGGCGGAUAUCAUGUUUUUAAUAACACAGAUGAAAAUCCAGCACAGGUGACUCAACUGAUAGAGAAGAUCGACAGAAUGGUGAAGGAGAAUGGAGAAGACCAUUACACAAAUGAGAUGUACGAGGAAGCACAGAGAAAGAUUAAAGAAGAAGAGGAGAGGAUAAGAUAAGAAGAAAUGAGAAAUAU